CCACGCAUUGCAGGGCAGCGAUUCCCCCCCCCCAAGCCCGGGCUCGCUCCUUGCAUUCCCAUCCAGCUCCACAUCUUUGCUCGAGCCGGAGUGGAAGAACACAUACACCAAAAAAAAAAAAAAAAAAAAAAAAAAGCCAAAAAGCCACACUUAGCGGAAACUUGUCAGAGAAUGCUCCUAAAGUCUGGUUUGCUGCUGCUGCUGGUGAUCAGUGCGUCCGCGUCCUACGAAGCUGAACAGAAUGACUCUGUGAGCCCCAGGAAGCCCAGGGUUGCAGCCCAGAACUCAGCCGAGGUGGUUCGCUGCCUGAACAGUGCCCUCCAGGUGGGCUGUGGGGCUUUUGCCUGUCUGGAGAACUCCACGUGUGACACGGAUGGAAUGUACGACAUCUGCAAGUCCUUCCUCUACAGCGCUGCUAAAUUUGACACUCAGGGAAAAGCUUUUGUGAAAGAAAGCUUGAAAUGCAUCGCCAAUGGAGUCACAUCCAAGGUGUUCCUCGCCAUCCGGAGGUGCUCCACGUUCCAAAGAAUGAUCUCCGAAGUGCAGGAGGAGUGCUACAGCAAGCUGGACAUGUGUGGCAUUGCAAAGCGGAAUCCUGAAGCCAUCACAGAGGUCGUGCAGCUCCCAAAUCAGUUCUCAAACCGGUAUUACAACAAGCUGGUGAGAAGCUUACUGGAGUGCGACGAAGAGACUGUGAGCACCAUCAAGGACAGCUUGAUGGAGAAGAUCGGGCCCAACAUGGCGAGCCUCUUCCACCUGCUGCAAACAGACCACUGCGCCCAGGGCCACCCGCGCACGGACUUCGCCAGGAGACGCAUCACCGAGCCGCAGAAGCUCAAACUCUACUUCAGGAACCUCCGAGGUGAGGGGUCCAGCCCAGCCCACGCCAAGCGCAGCUCUGCCGAAAGCGCGUAACGCCUCGGCCGCGCGAUGGGUGUAAGGGAUGCUAAGCACUACCAAAGCUGAAGUCUCUCUUCUAGAAGAGUAAUGCACCCAAACCAAGUGUACUGUAGCUAGUUUUAAUAACAACUAGGAACUGGUUUUAGAUUUAGUCAUUGAUAUUUUCUAUUCCUCUCCAACCAACUUUUGCAUGGGUCUGUGUUCAGUGUCUCAGCUUUCCCGCCGUCAAAAUGUCUCCAUCCCUCUUUUCUUCCCCACAAAAAGUGAUCCCAAACGAUCCUAGUCUCAAGUAGAACCGUGCAGCAGUCAGGCCUUCAGACACCAAACCCUAAAGUACUGUAGCACUAACACCAUUGAGGUCUGAAGAUUUGGCACCCAGGAGAAUCGCCGAUUCUCGCUCGUAGCAAGCUGGUAGGCGACAAUAGAUGCACUAACAACUAUUGCACAUCCUAAUGAUGUCAGUGGAAUUCGUGUUAUGAAUCUGUGCUGGCCAUGGACGAAUAUGAAUGUCAUAUUCCUGGUCUCUUAGCGUCAUGCAGUCCCUAAUUCUUCCAACACAGCUCCUUUAACUCGUUGGUUUACGAACCUGUUGGUUGGUUUACCAAACUCACUAGCUGUGGGUGAUUCUCAUCACCAUGACCUGGCACCACAGUGCAAAAUGAGCCCAAAUCACCCCCCCCUCCCCCGAUACACAGAAAAUCAGGAAAGGAACAUUUUGUACUACGGAAAUGAUUAAAAGCGGUGCCAGUCUAUGGUUAAAGCUAGUCAGAAGGUUACAUAAUAUUGCAUUGUAUUUAAAAGCUAACAUCUAUGUACUGUAUUUAACUGUCUAAAGCUUUAAGAGAAGUUAACAAAAACAAACCCUGUCUUAAGACAAGAGUAUUAAAGGUCUUGCUCUAACUGUGGUAUAAAUAGUUUUAAAAUCUGUCAUGUACUGUACAUAAAUUCCAUGAGAGUCUGCUUGACAGGAGCAGAAUAUAAUAACUUUAUUGCAUAAACCUAGUUUUGUAAGUUAGCUAUUCUUUUUUUUCCUGGAAAUAGUAUCUCUGUCAUAUUUGAGAGCUCACCUUCUACUCUGUGGCCUUUUUAUAACAGAAGAGAGAAAACGUUUGGCCAGAAACAAACCUCUCUUCGUAGCUGAAAUGGGGAAGAGAAAAGCAAAAGGAGCUCAGAGUGGCCAUAGCUGUACCCAAGGCUGCUGGAGAGCUGCUGGGGGGAACGCCAGGCGGUUCUUUGGGAUCCCGAAGGCAAAACUUCCCAUAGAAAGGUCAUUUCUGGGGAAAGGCAGGAAAUCUUGAGAAAAAAAGUAUCGUAAGCUCCUGCAGCAAAGCAAGGCGCAUGCAUGAAGCUCUCAGACCUGCCUUUCCUCCCACCCGUCUCUCCCGCAGCCUCCGCCAACAGGACCAGGGCCGGUCCCACGGCCGCGGAUGGGGGCCUUCCCCCGACGCCGCUCUCUGCACAGUAGCCCUUUGUGGCACGCGAUCGGCACGGCCAGCUCCAAAAUCUGUCCCGCUGGAGCCUGUCUGCGGCGUGGAUGACUCUUGCUCAACUAGUUAGAGAGCUAAUAAAGGAGGUAUCUAUUUUUUUUCUUUUCGAAAUCUAAAGCAAUAUAACUCUUUUUUUUUUUCUUUUCCUCUUUUUUUCUUGCUUUCUUUCUUUUCUUUUUUUUUUUUUUAACCACAAAGCCUUUAAACAAUAACUUGCUGCUAAUAUAUUGAAACCAGAUGCAGUGGCAGCAUUUCUCAUACUGCUGUCUUCAUUAAAUGUAGCCCAAAAGUGCUGUCGUGAAAUUGUAAGCAGCAAAAAAUGUUGCUGACGGUAGAGGGUUGGGGUUUUCGUUUUGUUUUGUUUUUGAGUACUCAGAAUCGUGCAGUCCAGGACAAACAAGAUGCAAUAUUGCUCGUUCUUAAAGUCAGGUGUAUAUAGAGUCCGACACCAUAAAGUUUUGCAAGGUGAAAACCAAAGUCCCUUUGAACACCGUGAUCCUAAAAGUUUGGCUCUUACUGAAGAUCUAGCCCUGGGGCUGUGCGCUGUGCAGCGUUACACCACAACUGGGAGAUCUGCUGGGGUUGUGCAUUGAGUGCGUGUAUUUUGGGGGGGGCAGUGGCUCCAAAAAGAUGUCACUUGGUUGGAGUGUCCCAGCAGGAUGGCUCUGGGCAAUAGAAAGCAGCUCCCAGCUGACUUCCCCGUGGGCUGAUGCCAGUAGAGCUCAAUGAGCUCGUCUAGAUGCUCUGGUGGCAAUUGAUUUCUAUGCUGCUUUGUGCAGCACUUCUAUGAAAACCCAAAGCUUUACGAAGUUGAUUUAAGGUUGGGAGUCCAAACCCAAACUUUUUGGGUUCUCCUCACUUAUCUUUUUUUUUUUCACUGGGAACCCAAGGCUUGUUUGGCUUUGUCACGAGGUCACGGGCAUGGGUUGGUGGUUGGACCAGAUGCUCUUAGAGGUCUUCCAACAUCAAUGAUUCAGUGAGGAAGCUGCAAGCACAGAAAAAAUCCAAAGACUUGGGGUUCACCUUGCCAAACUUUUAGCCUAAGCUGGUCACUUAAACUCUCCCUUAUCAGCAGAGGGGGACAUGGUGGCGCUUCCCAUCGAUUGGGAACGGUGCCCCAUGGGUAUGGUCUGAAUUAGGUGAGAGAAAUCCCCCUGGAGAUGGGGAAUGAUUCUCAACAGUAAGUCCAGCUAUUUCACACUUUAUUUAAUCUCUGAUGCUUUAUUUUUUUAAUCUUGCGUUCACUGCAGAAAUGAUUUCUCUCGGAGGCGGGGAGGGGCUUAUCUAGAAAUGUUUGCAUGAUUCUCAUUGUGAUUUGUUUGCACUUUAGAUGUUUUGUGCCAUUAUAAAUUUGCAUUAUGUAUUUAUAAUUUAAAGAUACUUAGAAGGGGGAGAGAGUUUUGGUUUUUUGUUUUUGUUUUUUUGCUGAGUACUGGAAUAAACAGUGAGCAUAUCUGGUAUAUGUCAUUAUUUAUUGUUUAAAUUACAUUUUUAAAGCUCAGUGUGUUCAUAUAAAGGUUAUUUGAAACAUAUCAUAGUAAUGAGAAAGAUGCAAGUUAUUUUCUUUGCUUAUUUUUAUAAUUGAAGAUGCAUAACAUAAUGAGGCCUAUGUUGGAUUUUCUUCUGCAAUGAAAUAAAAUGUCAAA